UUUCGAUCAGAUGAGUGUGGCAUACAGGGCUAUUCACAUCCUGUGCUUAGAUGAGGAAGUGUAGGCUCUACCCUGAGAGUAAGCGUUCUGUGAGCUGCUGAAAACUGCGUGUGGUGCUUUCGGUCAUGUAAAACAGUUUGUCUGUAAAGAAAAGUGACACAUUCUGAAAGUCAUGCUGCAAAGGAGAGCUUCAAAUGCCUCAGAAAAGCCAAGGAGUAAGCCGAAGCGUUCCUCCAGCUUUGGAAGAUUUGAGAGUUCCAAACAUCAGUCCCCAAAGCUCGAAGAACAUGAAGGAACACAGGGUGCUGACGGAGAGUCUCCUGAAGGAGAGCACAGCAAGGGAGGGAUAGGGAAGAAGAUGAAAGCCAUCUCCAUGACCAUGCGCAAGAAGAUGGGGAGGAAAUAUGUUAAGGCUUUGUCAGAGGAAAUGGGAGAAGACCUGGAGAGAGACCAUGAAGGAGAAGCAGGAGGAGAGGCUGCUGCGAGCGAUGCUUUGGCCAAAGACUGCAAAAUGUCCAGUAACUCAGUGGAAAGUCUUUACAGUCUGCACAGCGGGCAGAGCACUUCCAGUGGUGUCACAAGUGGCUCAGAUGGUUCCAGUAACAGAGACAGUCUGAGGCUGGAAGAGGAACUCCCCUACACAGGGCAGUUCUGUGGCCGAGCGAAGGUCCACACUGACUUUGUCCCAAGCCCGUACGACACAGAGUCCCUCAAACUCAAGGUUGGAGAUAUGAUUGACAUCAUCAGCAAGCCCCCCAUGGGCAUAUGGACGGGCAUGCUGAAUGGCAAAGUGGGGAACUUUAAAUUCAUCUAUGUGGACGUUCUGCCAGAGGAGCCUGUGCCAAUGCAGAGGAUGCGAACCAACAGAAAGAGCAGGAGGCCACGGCCCAAAACCCUCCAAGAGCUCCUCGAGAGGCUCAACCUAGAGGAUCUUGCUUCGUCCUUGCUGCUAAAUGGUUAUCAGACAGUGGAAGAUCUGAAGGACUUGAAAGAGCAGCACCUAAUUGAACUGAAUGUGACUGACCCAGAGCACAGACAAAGACUGCUGGCAGCUACCGAGUGUCUGCAGGACGCAGAACUUAACAGUCAGAAAGAUGGUGAAGGCGAAGCUGAGCCCUUAUCUCCCACCGACCCAGUCAAAGUGGAGCUGAACGACUGCCCCAGAGACUCAGGCUGCUACAUCGCUUCAGACUGCUCCGACAACAGCAAAGAGGACGCAGAGAACCACCUGCCAUCUCUCGAGCAACCACCAGCCGAGGUCUAACCACACUGAGUUUCUACCCUGCAUACCCUUUAGACCUUCCACUUAGCACGUCCGGCCACUGACCUGAAACAUAGACCUGGUGCUGCCUGUGCAAGUCAGGACAUUACUUUUGUCGUUUUGACUGUGUAUCCGAAGCCUUUGUUCAGUUAUGAGAUGUGAAUGAAUCUCUGGAUUGGGAUUCUGGCUGAAGACUAUUCAUAUGAUGUGUGCUUAUGUACGUCAGUGACUAUAGACAGUCAUGUGCAAAAGCUUGAACCACCAAAAUGCACGUUUUGUCGAUUUUUUAAGUGAAAAUAAGUUAACACAUCCUCUACAGGGUGGCAAAUUUUACUGCACAAUUUCCAUUUAUUUCCAGAGUUUAAAGCAUCAAUAUGUAGCUUUUGUUAAAACUGAAAUAAGUAGCAUUACUGAGUUCAGGAGAAAGAAAACACACUAAAAUAUGGUGUUGCUGUGAGACGCCCUGAAAAGGCUGAAAUAAUUUAAAUAAUAAUAAUAAUCAUAAUUUAAAUAUCAGAGACAUUGAGUUUUUCGAACUAUGUCGUAGGUUUUUAUGUAUUAAUGUCACAUACACAGACUCAAAAAGAAGAUCCAGCUCGAUGUUCAGGUCUCAAAUGCAAAAUUAACCAUUUACUGAAAAAGAAAUGAUGACAAUAGUUAGAUAAUUCACUUACAUUCUCAGAAGACACAUCCAAGAAUGACUGAAUUCUCUGAAUUCUCAUCCAAUCAUCAGAUUCACUUGGGAAAGGGGCCCAAAGCACAACCCACAUGACAAAAUGUUCUUCUGCACGUUGCAUGCAAUUACACACUUCCACCAGAGAGGUCUCCAAAUCUACAAAUCUUACAUAGUUUUAACAUAUCGGGAAAGUAAUAAAUCAUAUAAUAUAAAAAGUGCUGUAUUUUACAGAUGCCACAUUUUUAUGUGUAAUUUGUUUCCCAAAUAUGUUAAAUUCAGCAAACAUACAGUAUUUGUGCAGUAAAAUGUGCAGAAGUGUGUUCUCUCGAGGACAUGUGCUUAUUUUCACUCAAAAAUUUUGACUAGGGGGGCCCAAACUUUGCAUACAACCCUGUAUAAAUGGGGAACCUAUGAAGAAAUAAUCAGACUAUUAAAGGAGUUUAGUAAAUGCACUGUAAAUAUGUUGUAAAUAACAAAAGUGAAAGAGAUAUAUAAUGUUUAAACUCUGCUUUACGUGAUAGAUCCAGUGAAUGAACUGCUGAAUAAACCUGAUAUAUUUUCUUCAAUAAAAGUAUAAAAUACA